UCUAAACAUUUUCUGCCUUUUAUUUAUCUAAGCAUUUCUUUCUACAAAUAAAGUUCCAAAGUGGUAACGGGAAUCACCGUCAAGCUCUCAUCUUUCUAUGAGCACUCUGUUUAGUAUUAAUUCCAACUCGAUUUUCUGUGAAAUGAAAUGAAUGUAUGGCGCUCACAAGGAGCACUCUCAACUCUAUCCAAACCCCGCAUCUCUCUUUCCCAACUCAACAAUCUCCUUCACCUCUGCAGCAAAUCAAAGUCACUGAACCAAGGCAAACAAAUUCACCCACAGAUAAUCUCAAAUGGGUCACACCAGAACACUUUCAUAAUCACCAAAUUGGUCCAAAUGUAUGCAGAUUGCGACGAUUUGGUGUCCGCCAACAAACUGUUCGACAGACUGCCUCAACCAAACGUGUUCUCCUGGACCGCCAUCCUUGCCUUCUAUUCAAAGCACGGAAUGUACAAGAAAUGCAUUGAAAGUUACUGUGAAAUGAAAAUGUCAGGUGUCUUGCCUGAUGGUUACGUGUUUCCUAAGGUCCUGAGGGCGUCUGUGGAGGGGUUGUGUUUGGAAACUGGAAUUUGUGUGCAUAAGGAUGUAAUUGUUUGCGGGUGUGAGUUUUAUUUAGAGGUUUGUAAUUCCUUGAUUGAUAUGUAUGGGAGAUGCGGGGAUUUAACGAGCGCGAGGCAGGUUUUUAAUGAGAUGGUGGAAAGAGAUUUGUUGUCAUGGAAUUUGAUGAUUUCAGGCUAUGUGGGUAAUGGGAUGUUAGAAUUGGGUUUGGAGAUUUUGAAUUGUAUGAGAUUAGAUGGUUUUGAACCUGACGUUGUUACAUGGAAUAUGGUAAUGGAUGGUUAUUGUAGAAUGGGAAAAUGUGAUGAGGCUUUGAAAAUUUUUAAAUAUAUUAAAGAGCCUAAUAUUAUCUCAUGGACUACUUUGAUAUCGGGCUAUUCAAGGAUCGGACAACAUGAAUCAUCAUUGAGGAUUUUUAAGGAUAUGCUGAAUAAGGGAGUUGUUCUGCCUGAUUUGUAUUGUCUGUCUAGUGCACUUGUAUCUUGUAGGCAUCUUGGUGCUUUGUUGAGUGGGAAAGAGAUCCAUGGUUUUGGGAUUAAAAUGGUGAUUGGUCGUUCAUUUUAUGGUUCAGCUGGGCCUGCCUUAUUGACACUGUAUUCAAAGUGUGACCGGAGUCGUGAUGCUGGGAACAUAUUUGAGGUAAUGGACAAGUCCGAUACUGUUACCUGGAAUGCAAUGAUUCUUGGUUUUGUUGAUCUGGGAUUGGGACAUAUGGCAGUUGACUGUUUUGGUGAGAUGCAAAGAAUGGAAAUUAAGAAUGAUCAAACAACGAUAUGCACUGUUUUGCCUGUGUGCGAGUUGAGACAUGGGAAACAAUUACAUGCCUAUAUUAGGAGACGGUAUUCUGAUUCUAUUUGUCCAAUUUGGAAUGCAUUGGUUCACAUGUACUCAAAGUGUGGGUGCAUUGGAUCUGCAUACUCUGUGUUCUCUAACAUGGUUGCCAGAGAUUUAGUGUCAUGGAACACAAUGAUUGGAGGGUUUGCACUUCAUGGACUUGGCGAAGCUGCUCUUCAGCUUCUGAAAGAGAUGAAUUAUUUAGGUGUUUGCCCUAGUCCUGUGACCUUAACUUCAGCAUUGUCAGCUUGUAAUCACUCGGGUCUUGUGGAUGAGGGGCUUAACGUCUUCAACAGUAUGACCCGAGACUUUCACUUGAGCCCAAGCAUGGAACACUUUGCUUGUGUUGUUGAUAUGCUAUCACGUGCUGGUCGGCUUGAAGAUGCAAUUAAUGUUAUUGAGAAAAUGCCUCUAAAGCCUGACAAGUGCACUUGGGGGGCUCUACUUGCUGCCUGUCGAGCUUAUCAAAAUGUUGACGUUGCAAAGGUAGCUGCUGAACAUUUAAUUUGCUUGGAACCUGAGCAAGCUGGACACUACAUCACCCUGUCAAAUAUAUAUGCGAAGACUGGAAGAUGGAAUGAUGCUGUACGAGUAAGGAAGCAAAUGGAAGAAAAAGGAUUGGCAAAGCCAUCAGGACAAAGUUGGAUUGCAAGUGGGAGCUGAUAAACACUAAGUGAACUUCAUUAACGUCUAAUGAUCUUCUCAAGGAAUAUCUGAAGAUGACAGGAUUAUAAGUAUGAUUCUGGUUUUCCAAAGCAGAGAACAAUGAGAGGACCGAUGAUGCUGACUGAGGAGCAAAUUCUCAUUUCGUGAUCUGUUUAAGGUUAUAUGAGAAUAUCACAAGGUCAAACCUCUCAACGUUUUGUAGCUGAUUGGGGUUGUGAAAAAUUUCUUGCUCACUUAAUUCACCAAUGAAGAGCGCUGAACUGUUAUUACUAUCAAUAAGAAGGAUUACACGUGCAGAGCACCAACAUGUUUAAGAGCUCUGAAAUGUUAUUGCCAGCCGAUGCACCACAUGUAUUUCAUUUGCAGCACUGCCUCAGUGACGUGUAUGUCGCUGUUUUUGGCAUUUCCAUAUUCUGAAGUAGGAUCUCACAGAAGUGUACAAUUGCUGUAGUGUACUUAUUCUUGGUAGACAGCACUUAGUCAAAUUGUAUUGACUCGGCAUGCCUGAAAACCUCUGUAUUUAUUUACUCUGGAGGAACAUUGUUUAAACAAUGCAGCAGUUCGAGCCAGAAGAAUCAUACGGACACC